CAGCCCUUUGUUCCGCCGGGGAGCCAUGGCCGGGGCCGGGGGCCCAGCGCGGCGCCUGCUCCGGCCCCGCCAGUCGCGGGGCAGCGAGGAGGCACUGGGAGAGCAUCUGGUCUGUCUACAAAAAGCCGAGGAGGAGCGGCAAAGCGUGGAGCUGCUGAAACAGACUGAAGCUGAGCGGCAGAAGAUCAUUGCGGAGUGGAAGGAGCUGCGAGGGUUUCUGGAAGAGCAGGAGCAGCUCCUGCUGUCCCAGCUGGAAGAGCUAGCCAGAGCCAUUGUCAAGAGAAGGGAUGAGGGCAUCUCCAGACCGGCUGGGGAGAUUUCCCUUCUGGGAGGGAAGGGGCAGCAGCAGCCGAGGAGCCAAUCCCCACAGGGUGCGGGAUGCACUGAGAGCAGCAGGGAGGAUGGGCCGUUUCAGAAGCCAGAGCCGGGGUUUGCGGAGCUGGAGAAGAGACUCAGCGAUUUCUCUCUGAAAAGUGCCAUCCUGCAGGAGGUGCUGCUGGGAUUCAAAGAGACUCUGCGACUGGAGCUGGAGAGCAACACAGCAGGUGAUCGGGCAGUGAGUGAGAACGAGGAGGAGAAUCCUCCGCAGGGAGAUACACAGCACAGGGAACCACCCGGGAUGUUUUUAGAAAGAUCUGAAAAGAACGUUCACUGGAGUCGUGAGCGGAGAAGAGGUCAUGAGAGUCAGCACUGGCCAGAGAGGCAGCCGGGAAAUCAGCCGGGGGAUUGUCGGGGAAGUGGCAAGGACCUCCAGGAAACAGCAGCUCAGCAGAGAAUCCCCACAGGAGAGAGAAAGAACACCUGCACUGAGUGUGGGAAAACCUUCAGUAGUCGCUCAAAGCUUAUUACGCACUGGAGAAUCCACACAGGGAACAGACCAUAUAAAUGUUCAGAGUGUGGGAAAAGCUUCAAUCAGCGUUCAAACCUUAUUAAACAUUGGAGAAUCCACACGGGAAAUAGACCCUUUAAAUGCCAUGACUGUGGGAAAAGCUUCACUGACAGCUCAAACCUUACUCAGCAUCAGAGAACCCACGUGGGGGAGAGACCCUACAGGUGCUCGGAGUGCGGGAAAAGCUUCACUCGGAGCUCAGACCUUAUUAGACAUGAGACAAUCCACACGGGAGACAGACCCUUUAAAUGCUCAGCGUGCGGGAAAAGUUUCAAUCAGAACUCGCACCUUAUUACACAUCAGAGGAUCUACAAGGGAAAGUAACCCCAUAAAUAGCUUGGCUAGGGCUGGCUGAAAAGGUUGGGUUUUUUUUAAUAAUACAUUUGCUAUUUUCCAAUAGUGACCUUUAAAGCUGUUUGCACCAUUUGCUUCACUGUGGUCCCUCAGCUCCCUCAGGUGAGUUGCCUGCUUUUGCCGCUCACCCUUCUUUGGGGUGAAGCCCAUCGUCCUUUCUGUGAAUUCCUUGAUAUUCUGUAAGUCAUGGGAGUGUGUGUCCCUCCUGACAGGAAUGUCCAUUAGUCCCAGAUAGGGAGAGAGGGGUGACCUCAACUAGCUACAUAGAGCUAAAAUCUACUCGGACCUUGUCUCUGUGAGGGUUUUCCAUGGAGUUAGCAGCUCUGGUAAAGUGGUUGGGGUUAGCUAGCACAUUUCUCCUUAAGCUGACCUAACCUCCAUCACUCUUCCUAGUUCAGACAACCCUAAGCAUCACAUUUAUAUUUACUCCUGCGGGAAUUCUGUGCCAAAAAAAUAAAAAUUCUGCACACAAUAUUUGAAAAUUCUGCAAAUUUUAUUUGUCAAAAUAACACUGCAUGAUCAUGCCAGUUUCAAUUAUUUUGGUAACUUAUUUCAAAGUACCUGUCAGCAAGUAUGACUGUAACAAUACAGACACACACAAAAUUUCCCCCAGGAGCAGAGAAUUAAAGAAACGCCUAUGACAACCCGGUUCCAGUUUCUCUGCCCGCACCACCCAGAACCCAGCUGGGGAGGGUGUGGGGGGGCAGACACCCCCAACCCCCCCAUGUCCCACUCCUGAGUCCAGCCGCAGGCCCUCCCAGCCCAGACACCCACCUCCUCUCCCUCCAGAGCCCAGCCAUGGUCCCCACAAGCCAGACACCAGGUCCCCUCCCACCCACCCACCCCUAAGUCAGACACCAGCUCUUCUUCCCCUCCAAGACCAGCCAUGGCCCCCCUAUGCUGGACACCAGCCCGCCUCCCAUGCAAAGCCCAGCUGUGGCCCCCUCCCAGCCCAGGCACCCAUCCCCCCUACCACCCAGAGCCCAGCUGUGGCCCUCCCAGCUCAGACACCAGCCCCCUAUUGGCUAGGGAUUCACAGGGAGAAACAGCCUGUUGCUGGGUCCCAGGCUUGUGUGGAGUUUCCUGCACACCACCCUCUCCUUCCCUUGGGCGUGCGGGGAACUGCAGCUGCCGGAAACUCUCUACUCUUUCCCCUGGUCCUCCCCACCCCCACAGUGUCUUCUGUGUGCAAGCAGGGCUCAUCCGGGUCCAGCAGCCCCUGCUGGUGGCCAGCAGCAUUGCAGCCCAUUUCUCUGUAGGGGAAAGGAAAUUAUGUGCAAAAAACAUUAAUUUCUGCAAAAUUCUGCAUUGCACAGUGGCGCAGAAUUCCCCCAGGAGUAUUAUUGUUCCCCCACUAGCAGAGUGAUUGUCAGAGUAACUGAGUUCACCCUUUGUGGACAGAUUGUCUCACUCCUUGUUAUUCUCACUUUCUCCAGGUAGUGCACAAAGUUGUUAUUUUUGUACCAUUUUUCUCAUUUAAAAUAUAUUUAUAACAAAGAGAAGGCGCAGGGAGACAAAAAAAUAGUGUCAUUUCUGCCUGUGAUACACAAAGGAGACGGGGUGGAUUGGAGGGAUUCUUUCCUUCCCCAUCACCACCAUGAUACUCCCUCACCACUCCGGCUUUAGAAUUUAUUCUGUCCCUCCACCUCCCAAGUGUCAUGUGACACACUGUUCUUCGCUCUCUUUGCUUAGGAAUCACAUACUUGUAAGCACUGGAGAUUAAAGUGUCACAGUCGUAGAGGGGAAAGUUGAGUGGAUCCCAAAGCCAGUGUGAUCGUUCUGAUCUUAAAUCCCAGUUUCCCGUUCUUGAAAAAGUGACUUUGGGGCUUUUUCCUGCUGAGCGGAUGGAAAGGCUGCCUGUUUUUCCCCAAUUCAAGGAUGCUAAAACGUUUGAAAAUAAUAAUGAGGUGGUGUUGAGGAAGCAGGUUUGAAUGGAUCAUAGGAGAACGCAGUGGGAGAAUUUGUCCUCCUCACUUUUGAAUCAUAAUAUAUAACCUCCUCUAGAAUUUCAUAGUGUAUUACACCAUAAUUGUCAAAUUUCUCUGCAUUAUGGAUUUUUCUCUCUUUCCUGAAUGCCGUUUUGUCACGUAACUGGAUAUUUUGUUGGACAGAAUGUAGAUCAGAUUUAUUAGGGACUUUGAAACAGAUUACCAUUUGCUAAAAUAGUCUUGUGUUUUUUUUCCCAUCCCUCCACGGUGACAUAGAAGAAAUUAUUUCAGUCACCGGGAGAGAAUACUCCAAUUUAUUGCGCAUGCUACCGAGGAACUAGUAGUGUAUUUUAAAUCUCCAUAUUGAAAUGAUGAACAACAGUACACCACAAAUGAUGCAACCAGCUGAAGUAAUUGGAUAUGAUCACACUGUUGUUAAGUUGGUUGGGUCAAUAUCGUGUCAGAUGAUCUUGGGAGAGAAUUUCACAGUAAGUGAGUUGGAACUAGGCAAAAUAUUUGGUUCCCAAAACAGUUGUGGCCCAGGCAGGUCCGGAUUAAAGAAUUUUGGGUCCACCUCCCCACGUUCCUUAAACUAGACAGAACAUGUGAUAGACCAUAUGUAAAUAUGAGAGCCUCUUCAUUUAUGAUGAUGAUUGUUAGAGCUUUCUCAGCAGAAAAUACAGAAGCACCACUGAAAGUGAAAUGAUUGUGUUCUUAUGCUAACUUAUACAGUAGCAUAGUGUAUUUUCAGAAUUAGCAGGAAUACAAACAGAAUUUGAAUAUAAGAAUAAAAAUUAGCCCCACUGAGUUUUGGGAUUUUUAUUUUAUAUUUUAUUUUUAUUUUCUAGCCGCAAGGAACUUGAGAUUUUGGGAAUUUUCUGAGGCCCUGGGGAUUUUGGGAUUUAUGGAGGCCAUGAAGUUUUUGGUAUUUUUGGAGGAACUGGAAGUUUUGAGAUUUUUUUGAGGCCCGGGAUGUUUUGGCAUUUUGUGGCUUUUUGGAGGGCCCAGUGUGACACUCUGUAUCUUGGGGGAACACGCUGCACUCCCAUGUUCAUCCUUAUAAUAUGAUUGUAUUGUAUCUAAUGCAAAGUUUGUCAUGUCGGGUGUCUUCGGAAGGUUCAUGAUGCACUGAGCAUUGUUGUUAUAGUGAUGUUAUAGGUUGUAAUUUCAUGUAUAUAGUUAUGAGGCUGAAAAUGUGUCCUCAUGGCUUAAAACAAGCCCAGGCAAAACUCUCCAGGAACAGAGCUUUUAUUUCAUUUGACCAAAUCUGACUUCUUGUGCUUUGACUUAUAAUCACUUAAAAUCUAUCUUUUGUAGUUAAUAAAUCUGUUUGUUUAUCCUA